UUAGCACAACGGUCACUGUCGACGUAUGGUGUCGUUUUUACGGCAUUAAUCUGCAGAUCUAAACAUUGCUAACGCGGGAGCGCGCAUAGUUGGCAAUUUAGGUUAGUGCGUUCGGCCUGUUUCGCCAGAAUGGGGAUAGCCGAUGAAGCAGAUCGGACUCUUUUUGUUGGUAACUUGGAUCCCCAAGUAACCGAAGAGCUUUUGUUCGAGUUAUUUUUACAGGCUGGUCCUUUGAUCAAAGUAAAAAUCCCAAAGGACAACGAGGGGAAAUCCAAACAGUUUGCCUUUGUGAACUUUAAACAUGAAGUCUCUGUCCCGUAUAGCAUGAACCUGCUUAACGGAAUCCGGCUUUUUGGAAGGCAGCUAAACAUACAAUACAGAGCAGGCAGCAGUCAUAUUAAUCAAGAGGGCAAAAGUCCUGCAAAUUCCCAGAAUCCAAGUCCAGCAAACACACCUACUCAUCGCGGUGGCAGAUAUGACAGGACUCCAGAGCAGAUGGGCUCUCCAUCAUACUCCCCACCUCAACACUUCCAGAGGUCCUUUUCUUCACCAGACAGUCUGCAGAGGCAAGCUCUGAUAAACAACAUGUGGCAGGUCCAGAUGCAGCAGCUGCAGCAGCUGAAUGGAGUGUUCGCUCUUGGCAUGCAGCAGCAUCAGCAGCAGUUCAGGGGUGGGGUCUGUAGCCCAUGGCAACAGGACAGCUCCGCCCACAGGGGCCAACGCCACACCCAACAGCAAGACAGCGGUGGCCAUCAUGGCCGGGAGCACCGGCACAACAGCAAUGACCGUCAUCACCGCGAUGGCCAGCGAGGCGAGUCCCAUCACCAUGACGACCGGAGCGUCAGCCGGAAUAGAGACUACCCCCCAGACAGACACAGAGACUCUAGAGAAGGCAGAGAUGGACGCUGGAAACGACACUGAGCGAGAGUAUGGGUUAAAACCAAAUUACACAAAAACAAAAAGCUCUCUUAAACAAGCUAGAUGUAGAGGUAGGUGAAGACCUCCACAGCUAACUUCUUUAACAGGCUUUUUUAAUGGAAGAAAAACAGCUGUUUUAUAUUGUUUUCUAAAUGAGACCUUUUUAAACUGUUUUAAACUGAUGUGUGUUAGGGGUGUUGUCUCCCUUUAUGUUGUAUGGACGAAGAUAUGAUUGGACAAAUGACCUAAUAAUUUUAUUUAGUACAAAAAGAUGAUGCAUUAAAAUAUGACUAAAAAGAAAAGCAUCCACAUUGUCAAAAGUAAUUCACAGAAAAUAUCACUUCAUUUUUUUUAAUAUGUAUUCUGAAUAGUUUUAAUGCUUGCUAGAAUAGGUAGAUUCCAAUAUGUCAGUCUAGUUCGUUUUUUUUUUUGUUUUGGUUUUUUUUUUUCCCUAUGGGAUUUUAUGAGAGAUGUAGCCUAUAUAGAGCAAUUUAAUUUUGAUUUUGGGCCCAGUAAUUGUGUUUUGAUGGGCCAGAUUUAUCUUGGAAUUUAUCACGUAAUACGUUGGUCUACUUUUUUAGGGCAAGCAGUGACAGGCUGGUCACUGGCUUUCUAACCCAUUGCAAUCAGCAAUACAUCUUUUUGUAUGGUGAAUGGAUAGUACACAAGGGCAUUCAUGCAUUUGAGCAGCAGGGAUUUUUUUCUUAUGGUGACUAUAUGUAUUCUGGCAAAAUAAGGAUUUUGCUAUACCUGAUUCCUAAACUGUUUGCUAGAAAAAGACAACAGAUUUUUUUUCAUUCUGUGAUUUCUCAGGAGAUUUUUGGUAUUGAAAGUAGUGUUCCUAGUGCUCUUUUGCCUUUCAGAGAUAGUUUGUUUCAGAUUUUCAAAUAUGAACUUGUUAAACCUGUGUACAGUGACAUUUUUCUCUUCUGACCAGAGAAAUACUGCAAAAAUAAACACAGCAGCGUUUUCAAUGAAAUGGUC